GUGGCGAUCACCCAUUCUAGGGAACGUGGACUACAGAAUUUGCUGUUCCUAAUAGGUCUUAUCGUUUACAUUAGGACUUUCAGCUUCUUCUGUCACACACCUCCCGAAAAUGACCGCACUUCGUAGCCAUGUGCUCUCCGGUUCGGCUGUGACGCCGUCGAAGUCCAGGCGUGCUGGUGUCUCGCGCAGGGCUGUGGCCGUUAGUGUCCGGGCUGAGAAGGUCGUCGGCAUUGAUCUGGGCACCACUAACUCCGCGGUGGCUGCUAUGGAAGGUGGCAAGCCAACGAUUAUCACCAAUGCCGAGGGCGGCCGCACGACGCCCUCCGUGGUGGCUUUCACGAAGACCGGUGAUCGUCUUGUUGGCCAGAUUGCCAAGCGCCAGGCUGUGGUCAACCCGGAGAACACCUUCUUCUCCGUCAAGCGCUUCAUUGGCCGCCGCAUGAACGAAGUGGGCCAGGAGGCCACGCAGGUCCCGUACAAGGUCAUCGAGGACGGCGGCAACGUUAAGAUCAAGAGCUCCAACGCCGGAAAGGACUUCGCGCCCGAGGAGAUCUCGGCGCAGGUGCUGCGCAAGCUGGUGGCGGACGCGGCCAAGUUCCUGAACGACAAGGUUGAGAAGGCCGUUAUCACGGUGCCCGCCUACUUCAACGACUCGCAGCGCCAGGCUACCAAGGACGCGGGCAAGAUUGCAGGCCUCGAGGUUCUGCGCAUUAUCAACGAGCCCACCGCCGCGUCUCUGGCAUACGGCUUUGAUAAAAAGGCCAACGAGACCAUCCUGGUGUUCGAUCUGGGUGGCGGCACUUUCGAUGUCUCCGUGCUGGAGGUUGGCGACGGCGUGUUCGAGGUGCUAUCCACCAGCGGCGACACGCACCUGGGUGGUGACGACUUCGACAAGCGCAUCGUGGACUUCCUAGCCGAGGAGUUCCGCCGUCAGGAGGGCAUGGACCUGCGCAAGGACCGCCAGGCGCUGCAGCGCCUGACCGAGGCGGCCGAGAAGGCCAAGAUCGAGUUGAGCGCGCUGACGCAGACCAGCAUCAACCUGCCCUUCAUCACCGCCACCGCGGACGGCCCCAAGCACAUUGACACACAGCUGACGCGCGCCAAGUUCGAGGAGAUGUGCUCCGAUCUGCUGGAUCGCUGCAAGGUGCCCGUGCAGCAGGCCCUGAGGGACGCCAAGUUGAGCAUCAGCGACAUCCAGGAGGUCAUCCUUGUGGGCGGCUCCACGCGCAUCCCCGCCGUGCAGGACAUUGUGCGCAAGCUGUCGGGCGGCAAGGACCCCAACGUGUCCGUCAACCCCGAUGAGGUGGUGGCGCUGGGCGCGGCCGUGCAGGCUGGUGUGCUGGCUGGCGAGGUGAGCGACAUCGUGCUGCUGGACGUGACGCCGCUGUCGCUGGGCCUGGAGACGCUGGGCGGUGUCAUGACCACCCUCAUCCCUCGCAACACCACGCUGCCUACCAGCAAGAGCGAGACUUUCUCCACCGCCGCUGAUGGCCAGACCAGCGUGGAGAUUAACGUGCUGCAGGGUGAGCGUCAGUUCGCACGCGACAACAAGAGCCUGGGCACCUUCCGCCUGGACGGCAUCCCGCCCGCGCCCCGCGGUGUGCCGCAAAUUGAGGUCAAGUUCGACAUUGACGCCAACGGCAUCCUGUCGGUGACCGCCACCGACAAGGGCUCGGGCAAGAAGCAGGACAUCAAGAUCACGGGCGCUUCCACGCUAGACAAGGGUGAUGUUGACCGCAUGGUAAAGGAGGCGGAGAGGUUCGCCGAGGAGGACAAGAAGCGCCGCGAGAGCGUGGAGACCAAGAACCAGGCGGAGACCAUGAUCUACCAGACGGAGAAGCAGCUCAAGGAGUUUGAGGGCAAGGUUCCGGCUGACGUCAAGUCCAAGAUUGAGGGCAAGAUCGCGGACCUCAAGUCUGCGCUGCCCUCGGAGAACACGGAGAGCAUCAAGGCCGCAAUGAACGCGCUGCAAACGGAGGUGAUGUCCAUGGGGCAGGCCAUGUACCAAGGGGCACCGGGAGCGGGCCCACAGGCUGAACCCGGCGCUGCCGGCCCAAAGGCCGGGAAGUCUGACGAUGGUGUCAUCGACGCCGAGUUCACGGACCAGUAAAGGAAGUACCACCGAAAGGGCGGCGGCAAGCGUAGUCUGUCCUAAACAACUCUUGUCGGUUUCUUAGUGAGAUGGGGGAGGGCGUAGUGCAGGCUUGACAUAUGCAGGGUCAAGGCAAUGCGUAAUAGGUAGGGCUUAGGAGGAGGAGGUGAGAAGUGGGACGUUUCGCCAGGUAUUGUGUGCCGGUGGACGGUUCGCUUCAAUCCUCGUCAUAUUUAGUCGCCAGCCGAAUUUGUAGAGUAUGCAACCGUCUUACGACUGACAAACGGUUACAUCGCCCUUUCAGCAUUCGGGUCAUGCAUCUUGCAGCCUGCCAGCGAUGUUGACUGGCUGGCUGGUGAGGACGGAGAGGACAGAAUGGUGCUGCUUAUUGUGCUGAUGACGUGACAAUUACUUGACAUGCACUUGUUGUCCAAGCCACGGUGGCCGGGUUUUGUUGUUGAGUUGGCGCAUACACAACUAGUGUGACUGCAGUUUGGACUCAGGCAUUCACUGGCCUGUUGAGUUGGAUCCCGCCGAUGAGGUGGGUGCCCGCGGCGACGGGAACCCUACGUUUUGGUCGGUCUGUGGGGACCGUCAAGUCUGUCAAGUCAUGUUCUGUGGGGCUCUCUGUUUUUGUGCCAUUCAUGUGCACUGCAGGGUCCCCAGUACGAGAUUGUGAAGUGAGGUUCUGCUGCAUCGCUGAUGACCUGAGAGCGCCUCUGUAGGCAUUCGGGAUGUACAUGUAACGCAAAGAAAUAGC